AUGCCUGCUAUAGUCAACCUGCUCUUCAACACCGUGUCCACGAACACCACCAUCCCCUUCACCAUGGUGCUGCCGCUGGUCAGCAUGCUCUCUCUGAUGGUGGGGGUCGUAGGUCACCUUCUCAUGUGGCUGGUGCUGAUGCGUAACCCGCGCCGACGCUCCAAGCCCAGCUCUGUCCUGUUGCUCAACCUGAGUUUGGCGGACCUGGCGGCCCUCCUCACCUUGUCCAGCACUCUGCUCAGCGCCAGCUUCCAGGACUGGCAGCUAGGGGGCACCAUAUGCGUGCUCCUGGGUUUCACGACGUCCGUGACGGCCGGUGUGGACAUCUUCAGCCUGGCAGCGUUGUCCGUGCUUCGGUAUCGCAUCGUGGCUCCACCUGCCAGGCGGCCCGCCACCCCCAAGCAACUGGCUGGGGCACUGGCCUUGAUCUGGCUGGUAUCCAUCACCAUGGCCUUGCCCAAGGUUACCUACAUCCACUAUAAUGGUGGCUGCAGCUGGUCGAUAGGGCUGUGCCAACGGCUGGCCUUUGUCAUCCCUGCCUUCCUGGUCUACUAUAUAGUGCCCUUAGUCUGCAUUGGACGAAACUGCAGCCACAUCAUAGCACACCUGCACAGUUGCCGUGGCACCCUGAUUUCAGACCGCCGCAACAAGAAAGCUACAGCACUCUUGGUUGGAUCCACUCUGGUCUUUGCCAUCAGUUGGCUGCCUUACUAUGUCUUAGAAUUUGUCAAUUUGGUGCCCUUUCAUGGCUUUACCUCACCUCCAACUCCCCCUCCCCCUUCCCCCUAUCCAUUCCUCCCAACCCCCUCCCCAACCCAUGAACCCGUGAAUGAAGUCUCAAUACUUUGGGAGGUGGCCUCCCUGUCUGCUAUUUUGCUGGUGUGUUUUGCCCCUUGCUGGAACCCGCCUCUCUACUUCCUGUUCACCCGAACAGCUGUCCGUCAGCUCCGCAACCUGCUACCGUCCAGCUGCAAACGCUUGAGGGGCCCUGCUAUUGUCAGACGUGUUGGUCCAGCCCCGCCUCUGUGCCUGCCGCGGUCCAGUCUACCCCUGCCUCUCAUCCACAACGCCAUACAUCACACCGUGACACAUGCCGGUGGCUAA